UUACUCAACGCGCCUAUGUGUCCGGCAAUCUCCAAUACAAAUCAACCUGUGAGGUUUCCGUAUGCAGCUUUCUUCGCUCAAUGCGUCUAUGGGUCCGGCAGUCGCAAACAUCACUCAACCCGUUAGGUCUCAAUAUGCAGCUAUCCUCACUCAAAGAGUCUGCGUCUGGCACUAUCCAACAUCACUCAACUCCCUGGCCGCCGGCCGAUCGGUUGAGCGAGUACGUGAAGGAGUCAAACCUGGUGGACUACGGAAGGUUGGCAGCGGAGGAAAAGGAAUGGCUAGCUCCGGUAAUUUUGAGCAUCAAGAGCAACAACCCUACGGAGACGGAUGCCGAGCGGCACGCCUUUUUGAUCAACGCGUACAACCUAUGGACACUGCACUACGUUAUCCGCGAGAGGAGGUGUCCUGGCUUCAAGGGAGCCGUCUCCAUGUUGGCCAAGGCGCGAUUCUUCUACUGGCACAAGGUGUCUACGGGCGCCGGUAGAUGGAACCUCUACAACUUCGAGAACAAGGUGGGAUGUGUCAAUUCUAGUUUAGAAGAUGUGGUCAUUCGACCGGAUUUGAACGACGCUCGGGUUCACUUCGCCCUGAACUGUGCGUCGAUGUCAUGUCCCCCCUUGCGGAGGAAGCUGUUCACUGGGCCUGGCUUGGAUGCAGAACUUGACGAGGUAACAUCCGCGGCAAUCAAUGGGGGCGCCAUGGUGCAACUCAAGGAGGACGGAAAAGCCCUCAGCGUCAACCCAAUCUUCAAGUGGUACAAGGAGGACUUCGACAAGGAGGGCGGCGUUGAGGCCUUCAUCAGGAGUCGCUGGACCGGAUCCCCUAUCCAGAAGGACCCGAGAAUAGAAUUUUUCGACUACGACUGGAGGACAAACAGUGCGGACGCCACGUGGUCUGACCGCGCGUUGGGGGGUCCAGCCCCUUGAGACCCGAGGCGCGUUAUAUAUAUGACCCGAGGCGCGCUGUACGAAAGUCGAUUUUAUGUUGAGGCACUUGGUUUGCACUG